UUGUGUAUAUAGAAAUACAAAGGCUUGUUUUGGUACUAUAUGUGAAAAGUUGUAGAUAUAUUUAUGAAAAGUUAAGCCUUUAGUAACAUAUUAUUCCGAGAUAUUAUUAAACAGUGGAAGGAACAGUAAAUAUGUAGAGAAGUUUGAUGCUAACGAUCAAAAUACAAGGUUUUUGGUGUUUCUAACAUGAUCUUGCUAUAGAGAAAAUAUUUUAGGGAUAUAAUUGAACAGUACCUGAGAAACACUAACAGUAACAGUUUCCACAUAUAUGGAUGAAUGUUUAUUUCAAUAUCUGGAAAAUUGCAUCUAAUUUGGCAUUGUUUGGUUUCUAUGGAAACCGUGAAGUGUGUCAGCAUGACGGGUGAUUCAGAAGACUGGGAGCGUGUGGUAUCAACUUCUAUGCUAGAAGUUAUAAAAAGGGGCUCCGAUCCUCUCAUAUCUACAGCUAGAGGGAAGCUCCAGACAAAACGCUCAAAAUUAAAUGAUGAAAUCAAUAGAGAGUUACGGAUGCGAAAUGGAGCAGAGAACCUUUUCAAGGCUACAAAUAAUAAGAACAUCAAGGAGACUGUGGCUCUGGAGCUGAGCUUUGUUAACUCUAACCUGCAAGUUCUCAAAGAGGAGAUGGCAGAGUUGAAUAGCACAAUGGAUGUUUACCAGAGUGGGGGAGGUGUAUCCAGUGUACCAAUGAUCCCUAUGGGCUUGAAGGAAACUAAAGAUGUUGAUAUUGGACUCCCAUUUCUGGACUAUAUCCAGGAACAUUACAGUGAGGAGCCUAGAGACUAUGCAGAUGAAGUACAGGAGCUAGCCAGCAUUAGACAGGCAAUCAGAACACCUCAAAGAAAUCCAUAUGGCAUUGAACUACUUUAUGAUUACUAUAACCAGCUGUAUUUCGUCGAGAAACGUUUCUUCCCUCCUGACAGAAGUCUUGGAGUCUACUUUGAGUGGUAUGAUUCAUUAACAGGUGUACCCUCAGCACAGAGAACUGUUGGCUUUGAAAAAGGUGGCAUUCUCUUCAACAUAGGUGCCCUACACACACAGAUUGCUUGCCAACAGGAUCGUGCCAACAAAGAUGGGAUUAAGUCAGCAAUCAAUAACUUUGAGAAGGCAGCAGGUGCAUUUAAAUAUCUCCAUGACAACUUCAGCAAUGCUCCUAGUAUGGACAUGCAACCCCAGACCUUGGCUAUGCUUGUACAGCUGAUGCUGGCACAGACCCAGGAGUGUGUAUUGGAGGAGCUUAUUCUAGGUGGGGUUGGAGAUGGUAUAGAGAAACAUUUGGAGGUUGCUCAUGAAGCUGCCAUGGUAUCACAGAUGUAUGAAGAAGCUUACAAGCAGAUGUCUCAAAAACCUGUCAAGGAUUAUGCCCCAUUUCCUUGGACCUCCAUGUGCCAGGUUAAGGCCCAACAUUUUGGAGCAAUGUCACACUACUACGCUGUCACAGGGCUGCUAGAUCAAAAAGACAGUAAUGAUGUUCACCUGCUAGAGAAGCUGUUUGGCAAGCUACAUGUGGAGGAAAAUGAAAACACGUCAAUGCUUUCCAGAGUGCCUUCAGAUGAGGAUGAUAAAAAACAAUUAGCUCGUGCUCACCUUAAAGAUGCUCUGUUGUUACAUGAAGAGGCCUUAAAACAUCAUGACAGAUGUAAACAUCUGAGAAAGAUAGACACAUUCCAGGAAGUUCUUAAGCAUGCCCAUGAUAGGUCAUUGAAGAAGUUUUCUGACCUUGAAGAAGAAGAUGAUUUCACAGAGGUCAGCAGUUCACCCAGCAUUAAAUCUAAGACAGCUCAACAUGCAAAAGUAAUUAUGCCAGACUUUGCCAGAUAUAAAGUUACAGAUCUAUUCCAUAAACUGGGGCCUGUUGCAAUAUUUUCUGCCAAGCAUGAGUGGUCAUCUCCACGUGAUGUUAGCAUGCAGAAGUCUAGUAAACAGGGCUAUGGGUUCAGUGUACGUGGGGAUUCCCCUGUCAUUGUAGCUCAAGUAGACCAGGCAAGUUUAGCUCAGAAUGCUGGAAUGAAAAUUGGAGAUUUUAUAAUUGGAGUGAAUGGACAAGACACAAAGUGGUCAAAACAUGAAGAUGUUGUGACUCUUAUCAAGGAAAGCGGCAAUUCUAUUUCUGUGAAACUAAUUACACCACGAGACAGGAACUAUUUAGAACCUCAUAGAACACCAUGUUCACGAGCAGGGAGUACAUGUUCUGAUAGCAGUUUUAAUAUCCCUUCAACCUCGGCAAGUCCGUCUAAUACACUUUCAAGUACGAAAAGUGGGAACAAAAGAUCCAAAAAAGGAGAAAGUGGAAAAAAUAGCAGUAGUUGGCUGUUUAAGAAAAAAUCUCCCAAAAGAGAAACUGAUGAAAUGGAGAAAGUGAAAUAUUGAUCAAUUGCUGAUUUAAAGAGUUGUAUCCAAGAUGAAAAGGAUGAGUCAGGAAAUAUGCACUUUGUGUCCCUUACUUUUUUAUGGCAAUCUCAUUUAAAUAUGAAUGGAAUGUUGAUAUGUACAAUUCAUAUUUAAAUGAGUCGGCCAUUAAAAGUGGAUUAAACCAUCACCCUGCAGUUGAAUUCACAAAUGCUUCCUUACUUCCCCUUUCAUUCUUGCCUUAUGGGAGAUUACUUCCCCUUGAUUGUCCAUUCUUGCUUCAUGGGAGAUUACUUCCCCUAGAUUGUCCAUUCUUGCCUCAUGGGAGCUCCCUGUAGUUUACUUUUCCCUUAAUAUUUCCUUCUUGCUAGCUUAACCUAAUAAAAAUGCAAAUCCAUUCUGGAUACAACAGUUGAAAUCCAUUGUUUCAAGUUGACAAAGUGAACAUUUGAGAAGCUUCAAUAAUACAAGAAUGAUAUAUUUCAGUUACCAUCUUGGAUACAAAUCUCUCAUGUUUUAAUAUUUUGAGAUUAUAUUUUCAAAGUUAUUAGAAUACAUUGUAUUGGUAUUCUAGCCUUAUCACAAGUAACUUUCAAUUGUGAUAAUAUCUUUAAAAUAGGACAUUAUCUAUUAUGUUUACAAGAAACAAUGUAAACCAAAGAAGCCAUGUAUUGUAGUUAUCACAGUGCUCUACUUGCUCUUUGGUAUCAUCAUGUUCAAACUUGUGUCUGAGGUCUGUAAGCUGUGGCAAGUUCAAACUUGUAUCUGAAGUCUGUAAGCUGUGGCAAGUUCAAACUUGUAUCUGAAGUCUGUAAGCUGUGGCAAGUUCAAACUUGUGUCUGAGGUCUGUAAGCUGUGGCAAGUUCA